GCUAGGAUACUGAUAUCCAUGUGUAACCUUCAGCACCUAAACAUGUUGCCCAUUCCGGCCGACUGCCUGAAGUUUUGUACCAGGGUGUGAAGGCUAAUCAUUUAUUGUGUACAUCGAGCAUACGAGCAAGCAGUUUUAUGGCUCCUACACAUUUUUUAAGGAUGAUCAACAUUUUGGCUCUUGUGUGCUUGGGAUUAAUCUCGAAGGUUGAAGGGCAAGCUUCACAAAUGGGAGUAGAAUUUCAGGUACAGUUCCCAUACAUGCCUGAAGGCCAACCCAUUCUUAUGAUGAACUCACCCAUGCUCGACACGUUUGAUGUUUAUGUCACCGCUCCACUAUCGGACCACCCCGUUUCUGAGAGGAUAUCAAGAAGUGACACCACCACGUCUAUUGUCGCCAAAGGAAAGUUCCAGUUUGGGAUGACGGUGUUUAUGCCGGUGUCGUUCCACUCGGCUGCUAGUUUCCAGGCCAUACCAACUUCCGGUUUCGGCGCGGAGUACUAUGUUCUGGCACCAAAGACGGGGCCCUCGAUUGUACUCAUUUCUUCAGUUGAGGAAAAUGAAAUCAGCGUACAUUAUGCAGAACACAUUGAGCAGCUACAAAGCCAAUUCACUGAGGGAUUACUCUCUACUAUUGCACUCAAUAGGAAGGAGGCGUACAUCAUGCAGAACUGUACUAGAAGAACAGUCGGAGAGAAGCAUCUCGGAGCAAUCACACCAGCUAAAAUAACAGCGUUGUAUUCGUUUGGCGUUAUUGUUGGCACUUGCGAAGAAUACGAAUUUGAAUCAGAAUGUCAGAGAAAGAAUGUCAAGACCGCUGGCGGCGUAACGGCAGAAAUGCUUAUCCCCUCAAGAACUGGGGAAAAACAGUUUGUUAUACCUGUUACUAUUAACGAAGAAACACAGGUGAUAAACGUUGCUGUUGGACGUGUUUUGGAGUCACCUCGACGUGUUUGUAGUAGUGACCACCCUCAGCCAGAGAGAGAAAACAAGAAUAGAGCUACGUUUAGGAACUCUGAGGGAUCAAUUACUCGCAUCAACGAUGGGUUAGAUAACGACUGCGAUGGUUUUGUUAAUAAAGAAAGAGCGAUUAUGAAAGCAUGGCCCUUGGGCAUUUUGUUUCUUCCAUGGAGCCAAAACAAAGUUUUGAAGAUUUUUUUAGUCCUAGUUUUAUUUUCUUCAACUUCAACAACAACCGCCGCAGAAGUUCCACCAACGGACGAUCAGUGUGAAAGAUAUAAAGCUGAGUAUCCAGAGUUGUUUGAACAAUACACACGUCCGUUAAGGGAGGAAAAAGAAAAACGUGAGCAGGAAAAUAACUGCCAAAAAACCUGUGGCCCCUCCGAGAUUUGCUUGGCACGCACCACCGUUGAAAUUGGCCUGGUCGUCUACGUCACGCUAACGUUCUGUGCAGGAAUCUACAUGGAAGUGUUACGACGCCGAGGAAAUGCGUUGCUUGCUGAGAUUAUGUCCAUCGAAGCCGAAGUUGAUAAACACACGCCUCAACCUGAACAUAUGUCCGAGGACCAAGCUCUGUAAUGUAUUCUCAUUGGUUAGCAUAAGAUAACUUAAUAAUUCACAUCAACUCUUUUGGAAAAUUACAUCAUAGAACAAAAAUAUUUACAUGAACAUCAAACAUUUUUAUUUAAAAAACGCCACAAUUAUUUUAUCAACUUUACACUUCUCUUUUGAUAUAAAUAAAAAUGAAUGAUUGCAAUUUU